AUGGCACCGCUCGAUGAAACGUUAAGUGGCCAAGUCCAAGUAUGGAAGCUCAUGUAUGCGUACGUGGACUCAAUGGCGCUGAACUGCGCGGUGGAGCUCCGGAUACCUGACAUCAUCCACUCGCUGGGCGGGCCUGUCACCUUGGCUCAAAUAGCCUCCCACAUCCCCUCCCCAUCUGUCAAAACCUGCGUCCUCGGCCGUAUCAUGACGCCCCUGGUCCGCAAGAACAUCUUCUCCGCGCACUACGACGGCAGAGAGAUGCUCUACGGCCUCACCCCGUCGUCGAGAUGGCUCUUACAAGGGGCUGAGCACCUCAACCUCGUGCCACUGGUACUGCUGGCGGGCCAUCAGUAUAUGGUGUCCCCGUGGCACAGGCUUAGUGACUACAUCAAGGACGGAUCAUUCCCGUUAAAGAGGGCUUAUGGCUGCGAAAUGUGGGACUUGGAGUCCCAACCUGAAUUCAGCCGCACGUUCCGUGAUGCGAUGGCGUGCUCGAACAAGCUCAUGAUGAAAGCUAUCGUGGAUGCGUACAAGGAUGGGUUCGAGCGCGUGGGAUCUCUGGUGGACGUUGGAGGCGGGACAGGCAGUGCCGUAGCCGAGAUAGUGACGGCGUACCCGCACAUCAAGGGGAUUAACUUCGACCAGCCUCACAUUGUUGCUGCCGCGCCAGCGCACAGCAGGGUCAGUCAUGUCGGGGGAGACAUGUUUGAGGCCAUUCCAAGUGCUGAUGCUGUUUUCAUGAAGUGGAUCCUGCAUGAUUGGAAUGAUGAAGAUUCUGUAAGGAUUUUGAAGAACUGCAGGAGAGCUGUAGCGGAAAAGAAUGGCAAGGUGAUCCUGGCGGAAGUUGUGUUGCGACCAGAGGGCGAUGGCCUCUUCGAUGACACGGGGAUAGCUUCCGAUCUGACCAUGAUCACUCAAACCGGAGGUAAAGAGAGGACCGAACCAGAGUGGAAGAAGCUUUUGGAGGAAGGAGGCUUCCCCGCUGCAAUAUCUUCCAAACCCCUUCCUUGUUGUCCAUCAUUGAAGCCUUCCCAGCUUGAUUGUGGUUUAUUCAGAGAUUGA